AUGGUACAAUUCCCAAGUUCGAGGAGGAGAAAUGUUUUUUUCUUUAUUAUAAAGUUCUGGAUUGGUCUUUUUAUCGCAUGGAUUAUCUCAUGCCAGUCCAGUAACGGAAACGUCGGCUCUACACAUUUCUGUGUAUCUGCCUCCACACAUAUCCAGCCAGCAGAUUUCAUCGAAGACAUUAAAAGUGGAGCUAAAAGCAUCGCAAAAACCGCUGAGAAAACUGGUAAUACCCUGGGUUUGGCGAAGGAUGUAUUGGUAAGCACAUACAAUUAUGCCAAGGACCUCAAGGGAAACUAUGACAAAUUUAGCGAGAAGAGUAGAGCCAUUGAUGACAAGUAUAGUGGUGUAAAACGAGAAGAAAAGGUAGAGGAUGGUGAAGAAGGAAAUGAGAAGGCUGAAAAGAAAUCCUUUUCCGACAAAGUAAUUGAUUUUAAAAAUAAGGUUGCCGCCAAACUUAAUAUUGGAGAAACGGAAGGUGUCAAAGGGGAUUCAGAAGACGAUGAUUAUGAUGCAAAAAGGGUAAAUAACGUUAAGGAACUAGAUAAAUCACUCGGAUUUGAUACAUUUUUGCGUCCAUUCAUUGCAAAUUUGAGACCUGAAUUUAAGAAAGUACUGAGAGGGCAACCAGCAGAUUAUGCUUUGACGUAUAAUUUGCUUUCUCAGAGAUCGUUUGCACUCAAUAAUCCUAUUUUUAGAACCGUUACUGACUUUGAUAGCCCGAGCAGCAUUUCUGAAGUGCUUUCUCUUGAUAAAGAACUAUAUGCUGAUCACUCUUUUGUACAAUUGCCGCCUAAUGACGCUGGCGAAACAUCCGGCGUCCCAGUAUCUCCGGGUAUUAAAACUACAGAGUCAAAGGGUAAUAGUGCUGAGCCUGCAAAAGGCGCCAAGGGUCAAAACAUUAAUAUCACCAUAACUUCCGGCAAAGAUACAUCUGAUGAUAAACCCAAGGAGAAGAGGGUUAGAUUAAGGACCUGGGGGACCAAUGCUCCCUUAUAUCAUUCUACGGUAUUGAAGACACUUUACCUGUUAAUUUCUGACGUACGUACGCGAGACUUGAAGGGACGUUUGGCAAACCUAGCACAGGCGCUUGGAUAUUCAAUUAUUUCCGAAGAACAACCAAAGAAUAUCUCUAGAGCCCCUGUUGCCAAUCAAAUGGGAACUGAUAUGUUCUGGGUUUGUGGUGACAACCCCUUUAUUUUAGGUCAUUUGGCGACACUCAUGUUGGCGUAUUCUGAUUAUGAUGCUUACUUUGGAAAUGAAGCAGUAAGGAGUUUUUAUUCGUGGCCAGAAUUGGUACGCUCUGGAGCUUCCGGUGGAAUUUCCAAGCUUGAUUUAAUGUGCAACACCAAACGUGGCUCUAAGUAUAAGAGGGGUUCAAACGGUGCUAUUCAAAAAAAUAGUUAUGUUAAAAAAAUUAUCGAUCAAAACUUGUCGUCGGAUGCUCAGUUUCUUUGUAAUUUGAUAGAGGUUUUGUUACGUUCCAUAGGAACUACUAUGGAUGCUAUGGGUGAACUUCUCAACCAAAAGGGUGCGACAUUUGAGCCUAAUGUUGGUGCGGUAACAAAUGGUAAGCGUAUACAGGCAAAGUUAUGUUCAAAUAAGAAAGAUUCCACUAUAGUUGUUCGAUGUGAAUUUUCCCAUAGCAUAUUAAAUACGGUUGAAUUGUACAAUGGUAUUCCUGAAGCAGAAGCACAGGAACUGCGAAAACGUUAUAUUGAGGCUUUUGAUCUUUUCGCAGCUAUGGAUGAUCUGAGGGCAUCUAAAACGAUUCCAUCAUCAUGGUUCAAUAUACUAUCGGAUCCUCUGAAAUUUAGGUCAUUCUUUGAAAUGGCUUUAAUGUGGGAUCCUCGCAUGUUUUAUGCUAAAAGAGGCAAGAGUUGGGUUGGACAAUAUGCUAAGCUCGAAAAGAAACACCUUGGGAUUAACUUGAGCCCUGAGAUAGUAGCUCAUUAUAAUGCUCAGGAGUACUAUAGAAAUCUGGUGAUUCAAAAUGCAGAGAAUAAAAACAGUCAUAAGGUUUCAAAUGCGUUGCAAAGACUUUAUAUCUAUAUGGCAUCAUCUGGUAUCAAAAGGUGGAUUGAAAACAACAUGAUUUCAAUGCAGGAGGCAUACAGGUAUCCUCCCUCUGUACUAUUAGGUGGUGCUUUGUCGAAUAAAUUUAGGGAAUUUUACAAUUCUAGUAGUGUUGGGUUAAGUCAUGUGUUUUUAUACCAUUUCUUGUCCCAAAAGGAUCCUUCUUUGUCAUAUUCGGCAGAACUCCACAGGCUCAGAACUGCAUCUGCCUUUUCUCGCAUGGUUGAUGCUUCCAACUUGUUUGUUCCAAAUAAACUAAAGAAGGUUGUUAAGUGGUUUUUGAAGGGAGCGUUUGUCAAAAAAUUCAUGAGGGAAAAAACCAAGGCCACCUUGAAGCAAUUGCUUCAACCUAGUGUACUAAGAGAUGCACUUACGUCAAUAACAUUUGUUACUCAUUCACUGGCAAAUGUACAAGUAAACCAAAGUGCACAUCUUUGGGGAAAUAGCUUCUUUGAUCAAAGAAAUCCAGAUGAAGUAUUCAGACGUGGUGGAGUUGUUGGUGCAAUUGAUGAAACAAUCCGUAUCUGGUCAGAUGAUGGAUAUUCUAAUUCCAUAGCAGAAAAAUUGAAAAAUGGUGAGGAUUUGGAUAAAGAAGAUUUGAAAACAGCUGACUUUCAGCAUAUUCACAAUAGUGAAAGCAUUAAGUGGGAUAAGCAUCUAAAUUUAGAAAUAGUGAAGGCAUACACAAAAUUCCUAGAACUCCCGUCAAUUAAACCACUAGAGGGGAAGGGACACAUUAUAUAUGAAAUAGUGAGAGAUAGUAAAGAUAAUCUUGAACAAAAUUUGGAGGAUACAAUAUUCUUUGGUAGGGUAGUUCAACCAGGUGCAGUAAAUAACAAAAUUAAAAAGUUCUUCAAGAGAAUCACAAGCUUCGGAAAGAUGCUACUGAAUAAAGCUCAGCAUCCUGUCGAGCAUGCGGUAUGGUUUGGAAUAAAGUUGGACGUCGAUAAAAUUAUGCACGUAAUUGAUACUUUGCACAAAUUGCAGAAGCAAUUGAGUGCCAGAGAAUCAUGGAAUCUUCAGGGAGGAUUUAUAGAUGUGAUUGAGGACUUAACGGAGGUUUUAACAAACGAUACUUCAAGGACUCCAAUGGGUACAAUGUCUAACUUUGGCAUGCCAACAAUAUCGAACAUGUACGGAAGGAUGUCUGCUGAGGAGAGGAAGAUUGAGUUCCAACAAAGUAUGUGUGCUAAACACUGUGCAGCUAUAUGGAAGGCUAUAUUAGCGUUCUCUUUAUCUACUCUCAGAAAUCCUGGUAGCAUCAAAUCUUAUGAGAAAAAUCUUUCCAAAAACUCUUCCCUUUCAGAAAUAACAAAUCCUGCCUUCGUAAACAAUUAUAGGUUCAUCCUCAAAGGAGAUGCUAUGAUGCACAUGUAUGAUAACAUGCUUCCAAAGUCUAUGAAGCAGGAACUAAAAUCAAUUAAAUAUGGUAAGGCAUUCUAUUUCGCCAAUAUAUUAAAGUUGGCCUCUCUAUUACUAAAUAAAAUGGGCUUCACCUAUACGGCUGCUACUUUGAAAGUCCAGGCGCCGUACUUUGGGAAUUUUAUAUCUAGCUGGAGCAAGAAAAGGGAGGACAGCAAGAUGAAGCAGAUCUUCUCAGUUGUUGCAUUGGGAACAAUGGCGUCCUAUACUGUAUUGGAAUGUAUGGAUAUUUCACACCAUGUUGCCGAUAUGGGACAUCCACCAAAGGCAACCUGUUUCUAUCUUAUGAAACCUCCUAGUCACCAUUGCAUUAUAGAACCUAUUAAUCAUAUCGCUCAAUCAGCUGCAAAGAUCGCCAUGAAGGAUGUAUUCUCUUCCACGAUCCUAGCACUUAUAGGACCAUACUUCUUCUUACCCAUGGGAAUAAUGGCGACAUGGAAUAUACUCAAGCAUCAAUUUAAAAUUCUACACAGACUUGAUAUCGCUCUAAGUGCCACAUUCUCUAGAUUGUGGAAGAGAAUAACAUCAGGGGAUAUGAUCAAGAAAAUAACCCACUGGUUCCGAAACAGGAAGGAUUAUCGCAAAAAGAUAGAGGCAGCUGCAGCUAGUAAGGCUUCCGGAGACCAAGAUGUUAAAAUUGAUGAAGAGCUCUUCGAUGAUGGGAGCACAUUCUCCUACACACACCUGGAUUAGUGAUGUUAAAUUAAUUUAUGUUAUAAU